AUGUGCGGACCUGACGACAGAUGCCCCGCACGCUGGCCGGGACCGGGAAGGGCGGUCAAGGGUGGAAAGGGGCUGGCGGCUGCCAGGCCUGACCGAGUGGAGCGGGGCGGGGCGCGGCGGGGCGGGGCGGGACUGGAGCUGCACCUGCUUCUGGGUGGACGCACUUGGCUCGCGGCGCGGGCUGCAGACGGCUGCGAGACGCUGGGCACAGUUGCUGUCCCCUUUGACGAUGAUGACAAGAUCGUUGGGGGCUACACCUGUGAGGAGAAUUCUCUCCCCUACCAGGUGUCCCUGAAUUCUGGCUCCCACUUCUGCAGUGGCUCCCUCAUCAAUGAACAGUGGGUGCUGUCAGCAGCUCACUGCUAUGAGACCCACAUCCAGGUGAGACUGGGAGAGCACAACAUCAAAGUCCUGGAGGGGAAUGAGCAGUUCAUCAAUGCGGCCAAGAUCAUCCGCCACCCCUAAUACAACAGGGACACUCCGGACAAUGACAUCAUGCUGAUCAAACUCUCCUCACCUGCCGUCAUCAAUGCCCGCGUGUCCACCAUCUCUCUGCCCACCGCCCCUCCAGCUGCUGGCACCGAGUGCCUCAUCUCCGGCUGGGGCAACACUCUGAGCUUUGGUGCCGACUACCCAGACGAGCUGAAGUGCCUGGACGCUCCGGUGCUGACCCAGGCUGAGUGUAAAGCCUCCUACCCUGGAAAGAUUACCAACAGCAUGUUCUGUGUGGGCUUCCUUGAGGGAGGCAAGGAUUCCUGCCAGCAUGACUCUGGUGGCCCUGUGGUCUGCAACGGACAGCUCCAAGGAGUUGUCUCCUGGGGCUAUGGCUGUGCCCUGAAGAACAGACCUGGAGUCUACACCAAGGUCUACAACUAUGUGGACUGGAUUAAGGACACCAUCGCUGCCAACAGCUAAAGCCCCCGGUCCCUCUGCAGCCUCUAUACCAAUAAAGUGGCCCUGCUCUCACUGCC